AAAAAAAUGUUCCUCAUGCAUUUAAUAUUCUUAAGAAAACAGGACUAAUUUUUUUGCCUAAAUAAUUACUGUAUGAUGUGCUAAAUGAAAACAAAACUAAAUAACAACAUUCCUCUUUUUCAGUGGCUGAUGAUGACUCGCCAUUCAAGUCAUUUAUCAGAAUAAAUGCUUCAGAUUUGAAACCAGACCCAAGCAGUAGUGCCGUUGCCAGCUCUGAUGCAAACGAAAAAGAAAAUUUGGAAGUAGGAAGUACUGAUAAAAGUACUGAAGUAGUUUAUAGCCGAGAGGAAAAGAAAGAAGAGAAUAUGGAAUUGCCUACUUCACCAACGGAUCACACAGAAGAAGAGAACACAGUAGAGGUGAUGGCCAGUCUUAUCUCCUCAGAAGCUACAGCUAUGGUGAAAGAGGAAAUUUUUCGGAAAAUCUUGUCUGAAAAAGAGAAGUUACCGACAGUAAGCAUGCUGGAUUUUGCUGGCCAGUUAGCGUAUUAUGCCUGUCACCAAAUUUACGUUACACCAAAGGCUUUCUUUAUCCUUGUGUUGGACAUGACUAAGAAGUUUGAAGAUGUUGUCAGUAAAGAGAAAGAUAACCAAGAAGGAUCAAUCUUCUCUGUGUGGACGUACAAAGACUACUUGAAGUUUUGGAUAACCUCAAUCAAGACAUUUGGAGGCAAAAAGGCACCACUGUUUCUUGUUGUCACACACACGGAGAAAAAAUCUAAAGAUGAAAUAGAAAAGUAUUUUGGGGAGUUUUGGAAAGCUGUACCAGACGAGGACAGAGAUUGGUUAAGUGAGUCUCUGAAUGAUCGGGAAUAUGCAGUAGGUCUGAAGACACUUAAUGAUAAUACCAAGGAAAUACUAGAUUUAAUGAAAAAGUCCAUAGUGGAACUUUUCACAGAUGAGAACAAUACAAAAGUUGAAUUGCCUUCUUCGUGGGCUUUAAUGGAGCAGUUAUUGUAUGACGGAGGCUGGAAGGUUUUGUCCCUGAGUGAAAUCUGGAAGCUCAACACAUCUCUUCCUCAUGAAUACCAAAUCAAAAGUAAUGAAGAAAUGACAAAAUUUUUAAGAUGUUUCCAUGACAGUGGCCUUCUUUUGAAUUUUGAAGAAGUGGAAUUGAGGGAGCAUGUUAUACUAGACAUUCAGUGGCUUGCUAAUGCUUUCAGCAAGAUAAUUGCUGAUGAAAACCACAUCACUAAAGACUGUAAAAGAAAAUUAAUCAAGGAAUGGAAAUCCUUCAACAAGACGGGGGAACUUAAAGAUAAAGUGAUAAAUGCACUGUGGAAAGAUGAACCCUCUUACGUGAAACAUAAAAAUGAAAUUAUGCCAUACAUGGAGAAACUUCAAAUGCUGGUACAUUUGAAUGCAGAUGAAGCUGUAUCAGAAGAUGGCAUGUCAUGGUAUGUCCCAUGUAUGAACAAAAAGCAGUUCAAAGCUGACUUCUGUGAAGAUAAAUGGGAAUGCUCAUCCAUAUUGUGCUACCGAUUCACUUCGUUUGCCAUGUUUGUUUUCUACAGACUGAUAGCAUACUGCAUAAGUUCUCUUAGAUGGAGUGUUGCAAAAGAUGAAGACAAUGAUGGAUGUCCAUGUCUUUAUCAAACAGCAGCAGUGUUUGAUCACAAUGAACACACUGUUGUUGUUGGCAUAUGUAAUGACGAUAUUCAAUUGCAAGUGCUGAGAAUCAAACCGUUGACUAUAGACAAAGAAGUAUCAAAUGAAAUUGGGGACUCCAUUGAUAAAGCAAUAGAAAAAUUGACAGAAACAUUUAUUGACACAAAAAUAUUCCACAGAGGAUACAAAUGUCAAAAUAUUAUUUGUGAUGAGAGAGAUCUAUCUUUCACCCUUGCAAGUGAGCUGUCCAAAAUCAAAGCUGAAGAAACGCAGUGCAAGUGUCAACUUAAGGAGAAACAUAUGAUAAAUGUACAGAUGACAGUGAGUUUUUGGGAAAAGACAAAAAUGAGUGUCUCUAAAACUCCAGUGGCCUCUGGUAGACAUGAACUUGAGGGACGAUCGAGAUUCGCAAAACUUGGAAUGGCAACAAACGAUGUGUUAAAUCAGGCAUACAGAGAUAUACUAGAGAUGGAAGUGCCUCCAUCCGAUAUUGAAAAGAAAGCUAAAGCAUCAGCGGUUUACAAAAGAUUGCGCCCAGAGCAAGAACAACUCUUGCUAGAUGCUAAGCAUUUGGGAUAUAAGAACUUUGACAUUUCAUUAACAUACACAUUAAUCCGAAACAUUUGUUCAAAGAUCCCUAAGCCAACAAAAGGAAAAUGGGGAGAAGAGCCUGCAGCAGGAGAGGUGACAGUGGGUGACGAUAUCGAGAGAAUUAGGAUAAUUCGAAACAGUUUGACUGCACACGUGAGAUCAGCCUCCACCUCUCAGACAGAAUUUGAUGAUACCUGGACAACGAUGUCUGAUAUCUGCAGAAGACUGGAAACAUUCACUGGGAAGAAAUACUCAGAUAACCUGAAUAGCAUUUAUAAACUGACUUUAAAAGAUGAAGAUGCUUUGUUGAAGAAAGUCAUGUCAAAUCUGCAAAAAUUAAUGUCAGAUAUGCAAGAAGUAAAGUCAGAUGUGAAAAAAUUAAAGCAAAAUUGAUGCCGUAAAGGCAGUGCUGCCAAAAUUAAACUUUUAACGCAUCGAAAAACAUGUAUGCAGAGUGACUAUAUUUAAAAAAAAAAAGAAAAAAGAAUCAGCCUUUAUCAAUUGUAAAGCAAUAUAAAUAUCAUUUUUUUUUAUUCAUGAAAAAUCAAACUUUUAGAAAGCAAACAUGUGAGAGAAAAUGGGCGAGCAAUAGAUGCAGUCAUUUAAAAAAAUACCCACAAUGAUUUUUGAUUCAUAACCCUCCAAUCAAUAUUCAAUACCGUAUACCGGUUAAGUGGAAAUUCUAGCGAGAAGCAAAUUAGCGAUUUCUCCUUAAAAAUGGGUAUUUAUUUUUAGCGAGAUGUAACUUUAGUGAUUUUAAAAAGUUAUUUUAAGAAGCUAUUGCAAAUAAGCGAAAUUAUUUUUUUAGCGAUAUUCAAUUUUAGCGAUCUUGAAACCUUUGGUUAUAAUGCCAAAAUUAAAUCCUCGCUUAAAUGUCUGCUUAUAUGGUAAGUAUUUUGUAUUCCUUUUGGAUAACUGUUCUUUUUAUUGAGUUUCAAUAGCUUUUCAUUCGUAGACAGCCUUCAGAAUCGCGCGCUAAAGGUAUUUUUAGGAUUCAACAGGAUUUACUUCCCCUCUGACUUUAAAUGACGCAGUUGGAUGGCUCCUAUAUAUUGAAUUAAUGGUUAAAUAUGUUCUGGAACUGUUUGAUAAUGAUGGAUAAGGACGGACUUGCCAAAAAGAAUUCCACUGGGAUAACAAUAAUCAUGGUGCUCAAGACAUUGAACACAGUGAAACUGGACAUUUUAUGUGCUUCUUAGCCAGCUAUUACUAGAUAUUAAAGAAAUUAAAAGGAAGCUAUGCAAAUAAACCGAGAAAAUAUGGAAAGAAGUCUUACCAAAAUAAAGAACAAAUCUAUUUAACAUUUUUAACGAAACAUGAACUCGGCGUCCAACUCUGAGACAAAAUUCAAUAACAGUGGGCCUUGUGCGUAUGAAUUCUGUUCAGUUGAUAUAUUUAUGGAAUGUCACCCGUAGUCAACCAAUUUUUCUGUUGCCUCACUGGUGAUAAUGGCUUCAUCAUUAAUCGGAAAAUAGUACUUUUAACAAAUGUAUAACAUUUAAUCAAAAUCAAUUAAUUUACAUGAAAGUAUAAUGUUAUAGAAUUGUUAAAUUCAAGAAGGUUUAGAGACAAUCAAAUCAAAUGUCAAAGAAAUAGAAACAAUGUUCACCCGUAAUGAAGGAGCUACAGAUUAGGAGCUCGUUGAAUAUUGUGUAGGAUAUUAAAGAAUUGUAUGUUUUACUUAAUAUUAUAAGAAUGGAGAGUGCUGAAGAGUUCAUUUUAAAUGAAUGUGUAUCUUAUACUGCUUGUACCUAUUUCAGAGUAGCUGCUUAGUUUAAAAUUGUAUGGAAGUGUCGGACAAGAAGGGAAUAUGUUCAUUCACGAUUGCAUAUUUUUAAAACACAGAUUUGCGAUCGACCUUUGUUGCUUGUGUUGAUAUGUUUAUUUCAUUUUGCUUUUGUAUUGUAAACUUAAUAUCCAGUGGGAUCAAAGUAUUACAAAAUGUUUUUCGUUUAUUUGAAUAUAUUCGUAUGUUAUAUUCUUAUUAGUACACAGAUUUAUGAUCCUACUUUGUUGCUUGUGACAAUAUGUUUACUUUAUUUUACUUAUGUAUUGUGUACUUUAUAUCCAACAUGAUUCAACUAAUUGACAGAAUGUUUUAUGAAAGUACAAAAAUAUACAUGGAUAUAAUUACAUGCCUCUUUGGGCCCCUACUGAAAACCUUGAGGCUUAAAAUGUUGACAAGCUCACUGAAACGACAGUGAAUAAGGACAGGGUCACUUUGUUGAUCCAUCUGUAUGUGAAUCAGCAAUCAAAUCAAUAUACUGAAUUUUUUUUUCCACCUGUUAGAGGAUUUUUUGGACUAACGGGAAUAACAAUGCCAAUAUACUGUACCUGUCCAUAUACAUCCAUCAAUUAUUUUUCUAAAAUCACAGAUCUUCAUAUAUUUAUUAAUUAUACUUUAAGUGAAUAGAUACUAGACAAAUUUUGACAUAUUCAGUAAUUGCAUUAUGUAUGUCUAUAAAUUUAUAUGUAGGCAUAUUGAGCAGUGAGGGAUCUUUUUCGUUCUAGCGCCUACUAUAACACGGGACUUCGGUUAAAAUACAGUCUUAUCUAAGGACUAAUCUCAUCUGUAUGACCAGUCUUUAAAGGGGCAUAGACACAGUUCAGCUAAAAAAAUAUUUAACUAGGGUCUUUCUAAUGAUCAUAAAAAAAUUGAACUUCAUUUGUUGAGAUACAAGACAGAUUUAGAGCUCCAAACCUUUGUUAU